AGAGCUGUUAAAUUUAUCAACAAAGGGCAAAACAUAAAUCCAGCUGAUCAAUUAGUCGGCUGUCAUACCCGAAUGUUAGUUUGCCUAAACUGCAAUUUGUACAUUGUAGAACAUGGCAACGACUCCUCAACUAUUCGAGGAGCCCUUUGAUGCAGAUGAGUACAUAGAGAGGUUGGCCUGGAGAACCCCUGGAGGAGGGUCCAAAGGCGGAGCUGAGGCAUUCGACCCCAAAAGGCUGCUGGAGGAGUUUGAGAACCACAUAGAGGAGCUGAAGCAGCUAGAUGAGAAGAUCCAGCGGCGGGUGGAGAAGCUGGAGCACCAGUGUCACAGAGAGGCCAAGGAGUUUGCCCACAAAGUGCAGGACUUACAGAGGAGCAACCAGGUAGCCUUCCAGCACUUCCAGGAGUUGGACGAGCACAUCAGCUAUGUGGCCACCAAGGUGUGUCACCUUGGCGACCAGCUGGAGGGCGUGAACACGCCCAGGCAGAGGGCGGUGGAGGCACAGCGUCUCAUGACCUACUUCAAUGAGUUCCUGGAUGGGGACCUGCGCAGUGAUGUCUUCAACAACCCAGAGAAGAUUAAGGAAGCUGCUGAUAUCAUUCAGAAGUUGCAUCUCAUAGCGCAGGAGCUGCCGUUUGACAGGUUUGCAGAUGUCAAGGCCAAGAUUGCAAGUAAAUACCACGACCUGGAGCGCCAGCUGAUCCAGGAGUUCACAGCGGCCCAGCGUAGGGGCGAGAUUGGACGCAUGCGGGAGGUCGCCGCAGUCCUCUUACAUUUCAAGGGCUAUGCACACUGUGUAGAUGUUUAUAUCAAGCAGUGUCAGGAGGGAGCGUACAUGCGUAGUGAUGUGUUUGAAGACACGGCCCUCCUCUGCCAGCGAGUCAACAAGCAGGUGGGAGAGGUCUUCCAGAGCCCCGAGACCGUCAUGGCCAAACUCAUCCAGAACAUCUUUGAGAACAAACUACAGGCUCACGUGAAAGAGAAGCUAGACGAGACCCGCCGCUCUGACAUAGAACAAUACCUCAAAAACCUCUACGACCUCUACACCAGGACGACAGCCUUGGCGUCCAAGCUAACAGAGUUCAACCUGGGCUCAGACAAACACACGUUCCUGUCCAAGCUCAUCAAGAACAUCUUCUCCACCUAUCUGGAGAGCUACAUUGAAAUGGAGAAGGAUUACCUCCGCACACGCAGCGCCAUGAUCCUGCAGCGCUACUACGACUCUAAGAACCACCAGAAACGCCCACUGGGUGGGGGCAGUAUCCAGGAGCUGAAGGAGCGGAUCAGACAGCGCACCAACCUGCCAUUGGGGCCCAGCAUCGACACCCACGGGGAGACCUUCCUGUCCCAGGAGGUGGUGGUCAACCUGCUGCAGGAGACACGCCACGCCUUCGAGAGGUGCAACAGGCUCUCAGAUCCCUCGGACCUGCCCAAGAACGCCUUCUCCAUCUUCCUGCUGCUAGUGGAGCACCUGUGUGUGGACCACAUUGACUACGCACUGGAGAUCGGCCUUUCCGCUAUUCCAUCAGCUGAUGCCAAGAAUACCAACCUUUACUUCCUGGAUGUAGUUCAGCAGGCCAACACCAUCUUCCACCUGUUUGAUAAGCAGUUCAAUGACCACCUCAUGCCUCUUAUCAGCUCUUCUCCCAAACUGACAGAGUGCCUGCACAAGAAGAAGGAGGUGAUUGAACAGAUGGAGGUGAAACUGGACACCGGCAUAGACAGAACGCUGAACUGCAUGGUGGGACAGAUGAAGCACAUCCUGGCUACGGAACAGAAAAAGACAGACUUCAGGCCUGAAGAUGAGAACAACGUCAUGAUCCAGUGCACCGCAGCCUGCUCCAAGGUGUGUGUGUACGUAAGUCGGCAGGUGGAGCGUGUGCGGAAGUCCAUGGACGGUAAGAACGUGGACACAGUGCUGACGGAGCUGGGCGUGCGUUUCCACCGCCUCAUCCACGAGCAUCUGCAGCAGUACAGCUUCAGCUCCAUGGGAGGCAUGCUCGCCAUCUGCGACGUGGCCGAGUACCGCAAAAGUGCCAAGGACUUCCGGGUUCCUUUGGUGCUGCAGCUAUUUGACACGCUCCACGCCUUGUGUAACCUCCUGGUGGUCGCCCCCGGCGAGCAGCUCACCAACCUGGACCGGAACCUUCUGCACGCCUUCGUCCAGCUGAGAGUGGACUACCGCCAGGCCAGACUGGGACGCCACUUCAGCUAAUGGCCCUGGUCUAUGGGUCACUGCCAACCUGGAUGGAGUCUUCUCUGUUCUGAGUUAGUCUUUCAUUCUCAACUGCAGUAGCACUUUUGCUUGUUUGUCCGUCUUAGAGGCCAAGAAAGACCACCGCCAUUCAAAGUUGGGCUACCUGCAUUUUCCCCUUGAUUUCUGCAAUGCAAAGAUAUAUUGACUGAGCUCUCUUGUUUUUAAAUACUAAUCAACCAAACCACCAUAGAAGAUUUUGUCAUAUUGCCGGUAAUAUGGACCUUGAUUUCCAAUAAUUCUACUUUAAAAUAAAGAGACGUUUUGAUUGUGCCAAAUAUAUGUUCUGUGGCUGCACUUGUCCACAGGAACAAACUCUAAAGCUGCAGUAAAGGGAAGGUUGAACUCUGCAUAGCUCAGGCAUGUCAUGGCAAUGACUGACUGGAAACAGCCACCCCUCAGAGAACUCCCAGAGGAAUCUACUUUAUUCUCACCACCAUUUCUCUCAUAUCGCUCUCCCUUAUCUCUCUCUUGUUCUCUCAUACACUAUAUGUACCAAAGUAUGUGGACACCCCUUCAAAUUAGUGAAUUUGGCCAUCACAGCCGUUGCUGACAGGUGUAUAACAUUGAGCACACAGCCAUGCAAUCUCCAUAGACAAACAUUGGCAGUAGAAUGGCCUUAUUGACAAGCUCAUUGACAUUCAACGUCAUAGGAUGCCACCUUUCCAACAAGUCAGUUUGUAAAAUUUCUGCCCUGCUAGAGAUGCCCCAGUCAACCCUAAGUGCUUUUAGUGGGAAGUGGAAACGUCUAGGAGCAAUAACGGCUCAGCCGUGAAGUGGUAGGCCUCUAGACUAUUCUGUGCUUCCAACUUUGUGGCAACAGUUUGGGGAAGGCCCUUUCCUGUUUCAGUACGACAAUGCCCCCUUGCACAAAGCGAACUCCAUACAAAAAUUGUAUCUUGUUAUUGGUGUGGAAGAACUUGACUGACUUGCACAGUGCCCUUAACCCUAGUGAACACCUUUGGGAUGAAUUGGAAUGCCGACUGCCAGCCAGGCCUAAUCUCCCAACAUCAGUGCCUGACCUCACUAUUGCUAUUUUUGCUGAAUGGAAGCAAGUCCCCGCAGCAAUGUUCCAACAUCUAGUGGAAAGCCUUCCCAGAAGAGUGGAGGCUGUUAUAGCAGCAAAAGGGGGGACCAACUCCAUUGUAAUGAGAUGUUUGAUAAGCAGGUGUCCACAUACUUUUGGUAAUUUAGUGUAUCUCUCCAUAUCUAUAUCUAACCAAGCCUGAUAUAGAGCCCCGCUGUGCCUGGCAGAUAGUCACAUGACCACCUCUCUCCGACCCCUGACCUCAGGGCAGAGGUGAGGGGUCAUCACACUGCGCUGUGAUCCCAGCCGUAAGCAUGUCUGAGAACCACUCAGAGGUCCUGGGUGGUCUGUCUGUGGCUGGGAUGAUGGGUAAUUGCCUAGAUCGACACCUGUUCAUCCACAGGGGCUUACGAUCCAUGCUUUGUGGCCUGGAUCAGUCCUGAAUCAGGGUCAGGACACAGUGAAAUGUUGCUCUUCAGUGCUUAAGGAGAUAAUGAGUGAAAGUUAAGUGGACUUCACAGGGUAUUACGGGAGGCCAGGGAGGGUCAAGAUCAUUGUGCCUCGGCUCUCACAUGGUGGUCAUUGACUGUCAGUGUCAGUUAAGAUCAAACCUGAGGUUCUAUUGUCUUAUGAUAGGCUGUUCCCAGUGUACUGCUCUUGACCUUAAUCAAUGAUUCAUAAAAAAAGUUUUGUUUAAUUAGUGUCUACUUUUAUCACAACCUUACUGGUUCAUUUUCAUAAACAAUCAGUUGAGUUUGAGAUGUUAGUACUCAGUGAGAGAGUAGGCUUGGUGCUGGAAGUGAUAGAUAUAUACAGUACAGUUCAAAAUUUGGACAUACCUGCUCGUUCAAAGGUUUUCAUUUAUUUGUACUAUUUUCUACAUUGUAGAAUAAUAGUGAAGACCGAACUAUGAAAUAACACAUAUGUAACCAAAAAAGUGUUAAACAAAUCAAAAUAUAUUUUAUAUCCUUCAACGUAGCCACCCUUUUCCUUGAUAGCUUUGCACACUCUUGGCAUUCUCUCAACCAGCUUCACCUGGAAUGCUUUUCCAACUGUCUUGAAAGAGUUCCUACAUAUGCUGAGCACUUGUUGGCUGCUUUUCCUUCAUUCAACAGUCCAACUCAUCUCAAACCAUCUCAACUGGGUUGAGGUUGGGUGAUUGUGGAGGCCAGAUAUUCUGAUGCAGCACUCCAUCACUCUCCUUCUUGGUCACAUAGACCUUACACAGCCUGGAGGUGGGUAUGGGUCAUUGUUCUGUUGAAAAACAAAAGAUAGUCCCACUAAGCGCAAAGCAGAUGGGCUGGAGUAUCGCUGCAGAAUGCUGUGGUAGCCUUGCUGGUUAAGUGUGCCUUGAAUUUAAAUAACACCUCCUCCAUGCUUCACGGUGGGAACCACACAUGCGGAGAUCAUCCGUUCACCUACUGAGUCUCACAAAGACACAGUGGUUGGAACCAAAAAUUUAACAUUUUGACUCAUCAGACCAAAAGACAGAUUUCCACUGGUCUAAUGUCCAUUGUUUGUGUUUCUUGGCCCAAGCAAGUCUCUUAUUAUUAUUGGUGUCCUUUAGUGGUGGUUUCUUUGCAGCAAUUCCACCAGGAAGGCCUGAUUCACGCAGUCUCCCCUGAACAGUUGAUGGUGAGAUGUGUCUUACUUGAAGCAUUUAUUCGGGCUGCAAUUUGAGGUGCAGUUAACUCUAAUGAACGUAUCCUCUGUGGCAGAGGUAACUCUGGGUCUUCAUUUCCUGUGGCGGUCCUCAUGAGAGACUGUUUCAUCAUAGUGCUUGAUGGUUUUUAUGGCUGCACUUGAUGAAACUCUUGAAAUUUUCCCGAUUGUCUAACCUUCAUGUCUUAAUGUAAUAAUACCUAGGAUAGGAUAAAGUAAUCCUUCUAACCCCCCCCUUUAGCGUCUGCUAAAUGACUUAAAUGUAAUAAUGGACUGUCGUUUCUCUUUGCUUAUUUGAGCUGUUCUUGCCAUGAUAUGGACUUGGGUCUUUUACCAAAUAGGGCUAUCGUCUCUAUACCCCCCCUACCUUGACACAACACAGCUGAUUGGCUCAAACGCAUUAAGGAAAGAAAUUCCACAAAAAAAAAAUUAUUUUAUUUUUCCGUUAUUUUACCAGGUAAGUUGACUGAGAACACGUUCUCAUUUGCAGCAACGACCUGGGGAAUAGUUACAGGGGAGAGGAGGGGGAUGAAUGAGCCAAUUGUAAACUGGGGAUUAUUAGGUGACCAUGAUGGUUUGAGGGCCAGAUUGGGAAUUUAGCCAGGACACCGGGGUUAACACCCCUACUCUUACGAUAAGUGCCAUGGGAUCUUUAAUGACCUCAGAGAGUCAGGACACCCGUUUAACGUCCCAUCCGAAAGACGGCACCCUACACAGGGCAGUGUCCCCAAUCACUGCCCUGGGGCAUUGGGAUAUUUUAUUAGACCAGAGGAAAGAGUGCCUCCUACUGGCCCUCCACACCACUUCAGCAGCAUCUGGUCUCCCAUCCAGGGACUGACCAGGACCAACCCUGCUUAGCUUCAGAAGCAAGCCAGCAGUGGUAUGCAGGGUGGUAUGCUGCUGUCGUAACAAGGCACACCUGUUAAUUGAAAUGCAUUCCUAGGUGACUACCUCAUGAAACUGGUUGGGUGAAUGCCAAGCGUGUCCAAAGCUGUCAAGAAAAAGGGUGGCGACUUUGAAGAAUCUCAAAUACAUUUUGAUUUGUUUAACAAGUUUUUGGUUACUACAUGAUUCCAUGUGUUAUUUCAUAGUUGAUGUAUUCACUAUUAUUCUACAAUGUAGAAAAUAGUAAAAAAUUAAGAAAAACCCUUGAAUGAGUAGGUGUGUCCAAAAGUUUGACUGGUACUGUACUCAUUGGGUAUUCUUAACAUGCCAGACUUUCUUCCUGAAAGAGUACAGUUCUCCUCUAGUCUCCAGGAACGGGAUUAGACAUCUAGCGGUUGAUGAAAUGUGUGCAGUUGUCAUGGACUGGAGAGACGGGGCGAGAUAGAGAUGGUUCAGAGCUCAGCCACAGCUCCGGCUGGAUAGUGUUGUGUAGAAGGUACACAGGGAGCUGAGUAAAGUCAAACAACACAAUUAAUUAGGCUAAUAUUAAUAUUAUCAAUGUCACUGAAAUUCAAUUCUCCCAGCCCUAAUCACAACUACGUAGCUUGUAAAAAUGAUUUUGUUAGGCCACGGCGCAAACACUGGGCCUUUUCCAAACAUUUGAAAACUAUUUGUUUUUGUGGCGAUUAAUACAUGCUGCCUGGGGAAGGGUUGGGGUAAUGGGCCCCAGCCGAGGAUGAUAACUGGAGAGGAGUUGAAGGGAGAGGCACAGGCUGCCCCCAGGGAUGCCCCGCCUGGGCAGAUGGGAGGGAGGGAUGUUGUUUUGGGGGAGUGUUUGAGCAGGUGGAGGGGAUUAGUAACACUGUCAAUACUGGAGAGCUGGAUAAGACUGUUCCCUCUUACUCAUCAGCUGCCACAGUUUGAGCAGUUCCUGCAUAGACACACACAUCCAGACAUGUUUACACACACAUGAACAUACACAGGGUUAUCUGUCUGGAGAGGGAGACAAAACAUGGUUGUUCUUGUUCUACAUUGUCAAAUCUCUGGUUGAGGAAAAUAUAUUUCCUGCUGCUUUUUCUUGUGCCUAUUACAAGGCAGUCCAGCAAAAAUGCGAGGAUCUGGAUGUAGAGAACCUUAUUUAACUUCUGAAGACCUAACACUGUCCAUGUUUUUUUCUAUCAAUCAUCAUACCUUCCUACAAGGAAAUCCAAAAUAUUUAUCCAAACCCAUUCACUUUCCCUCCACACUCUUUCCACCUCUCUCCCUCUCUUCUCCUCCCCCCUGAGCUAGAUGUUCACCCAGCAGGCUCAGGUAGAACUCAGCCAGCUAGUACACCUGUAUUAGUGCCCUGAUACGGAGAGCCCCACUAUUAAGCCACCAAACUUUCCAACCUGCAGUGUCACCAGGAUAAUUAUCUGUCACACCCUCAGGAAGGGUCCUUGUCAAUCAAUUUGUUUGCGGAGUGCGUUAUUGUAUUCAAGUUCUGUUUGACUCUAGACUCUCGAGUGCUCCACUUUCUAUGUUAAACUGCAACAACUCUUAAAACUCCUUUUGUCUGUUCUUGUCAUGUUCCUGACCUGUUUUCUGUUGUUUUUGUAUGUGUUUAGUUGGUCAGGGCGUGAAUUGGGGUGGGCAUUCUAUGUUAUGUGUUUCUAUGUUGGGUUAAAUGUGUUGCCUGAUAUGGUUCUCAAUUAGAGGCAGGUGUUUGACGUUUCCUCUGAUUGAGAACCAUAUUAAGGUAGGCUGUUCUCACUGUUUGUUUGUGGGUGAUUGUUGCUGUGUCUGUGUUUGUUGCACCACACGGUACUGUCUCGUCUCGUUCGUUUGUUCUUUCCUGUUCGUGCAUUCUUCGUUUUAUGUAGUUCUCAUGUUCAGGUCUGUUUAACGUCGUUUUGUAAUUAUCAAGUGUAUUUUCGUGUCAGUGUUCGUCUUGUUAAAUAAAUUCUUUGUCUGCAUA